AUGGAUGAUUCUUCAAGACCGCCCUUGGGAAUGAUUAAUAUCAUCUUUGCUGCUCCUGGAAAAACUGGUUUUUGUCCUUCUAGAGUAAUGUCUGUAGCUCGAUUUCCCGCCGAAAGUAAUAAUUCGGAGCCUAAAAGAACCAUAAUGGAAAUCCGACCCGUUCUGGGCUUUUCAGACGAGGACAAGAUCGAAACCAUCCAACCCCACGACGAUACUCUGGUGGUCACACUCAGGAUAGGGGGGUAUGAUGUGAAGAGAGUGUUAGUGGACCAGGGUAGUGCUGUCAAGAUCAUGUACCCCGACCUGUACAAGGGGCUGAGGUUAAAACCCGAGGACUGGACAACCUAUAAUUCCCCUUUGAUUAGUUUCGAGGGGAAGACUGUUAUUCCAAAAGGUCAGAUCAGACUACCCAUACAGACUGGUUCGGAAGUGGUGGAGGUAGACUUCAUCGUCGUGGAUGCAUAUUCCCCCUACACGGCUAUUGUGGCCAGACCCUGGCUCCAUGCUCUGGAAGCCGUCUCAUCCACCCUGCACCAGAAAGUGAAAUACCCUUUUGGGGGCCGCGUCGAAGAAAUUGUAAGGAAUCAACCUGUGGCUCGGCAAUGCCUUGUGGUCGCCAUCUCACAUUGA